AUGGAUCAUUUAUUGGACUUAGUCAACGAUGGUAAAAAAAAUGCAUCGGAAUCAGAGGAAGGAUUACAGAAAGUUAAAUUUCUUUUUAAAGAAGCUAUGAAUGCUGAUGAAUGGGGAUGGAAAAAUAUAGCAGUGAUGCUUUAUGCGGAUGCCGCUGAACUUGGUCUAGAUAUCAAGAAGCAAAUCGACAAUGAAAGUGUGAAGGGAAAACUGACAAACUUAACUCAGCGAGCCGUAAUCAGGGCCGAAGAAUUGGAAGGAAUCGACAGGAAUAAAAUAUUCGAUCCUUUGCCUCUACUUCAAAAUUUACCUCCUGUUCCUGAAACGAUUCCAGCUUCUCCAACAACUUCUGUUAAUAGUUCGCCUUCUUUUGGCAAUACUUCACCCGAAAGAUCUCGGAAGCCCUCACUUCACCGGGGAAGCAGUGCUCAUCUCAAGGUUACGGGAGGUAGUGGCAAUUACACAGAGGAAGAAAAGAAAGUAUUGUUAACUACAUCUCACAUAAAUGACAAUGAAUUCGUCCCAUUUAUGAGCGUCGAUCUUGCAGAAAAAUUUAAAUUUUCUACGGUAUUCGUGGACAAAGAUGGUCUAUUAGAGCUUGCGCCAAAACAAAAAAAUAGUUUCGCUAAGUGGGCGAGACCAAGUGAUAUUUUUUCUGAGCCAAAAAUGCUAAUGAACAAUCACGUCGAUUACUUUAGUAUUAAACAGACGGUUGUUUCUGAUUGUUCUUUUGUAGCAUCUCUUGCCGUUAGUGCUCAGUAUGAGAAGAAAUUUGGUAACCGUCUUAUUACAUCUAUUAUCUACCCUCAGAAUUCUAAUAAAGCUCCUCUUUACAAUCCGUAUGGAAAGUACAUGGUUAAACUUCAUAUAAACGGAAUACCAAGAAAAGUUGUAAUCGAUGAUUUAUUACCGGUUGGCAGUGACGAUCAGUUAUUAUGUUCAUAUUCAAGCAAUCGUGGUGAAAUCUGGAUUUCUUUAUUGGAAAAAGCAUAUAUGAAAGUUAUGGGUGGUUAUGAUUUUCCGGGGUCAAACAGUAACAUUGAUCUUCACGCCCUUACAGGAUGGAUACCAGAAAGAUGGGCAAUUAGAGUUAAUGAACCAGAUUUCAAUGUCGAUGGGUUAUUUAAAAUUCUCCUAGAACGUCUUCAUAAUGGAAGUGUUCUUGCGACUGUUGCUACUGGUGAAUUGUCUGAUUCAGUAUCUGACAAAGCCGGUCUAGUUCCUACGCAUGCUUAUGCUGUUUUAGAUAUUCGACUUGUUGACGGGAAAAGACUUUUGCAGCUGAAAAAUCCUUGGUCACAUUUACGAUGGCGCGGAAAUUUUUCCGAGCAUGAUAUUCAUCACUGGACACCACAGCUCAAACGAACUCUUAAUUACGAUCCCGAAUCAGCAUCUCAAUAUGAUAAUGGUAUUUUUUGGAUUGACUACGAAAGUAUUUGUCGCUUUUUCGAUGUCUUUUAUCUUAAUUGGAAUCCAAAACUUUUCAAAUAUACUUACUGUAUUCAUCAAAUGUGGAAGGCAGGAGUAGGACCUAUCAAAGAUGCUUAUAAUAUAUCAGACAAUCCUCAAUUCUCAUUGGAAGUUCAACAACAAAAUAUUUCAGGUGCUAUAUGGAUAUUGUUAACUAGGCAUAUUACCGAUAUAGCAGACUUUCGACAAAAUCAAGAAUACAUCACUGUUUUAGUCUAUAAAAAUAAUGGAAAAAGAGUGUUUUAUCCUCAUGAUCCACCGCCGUAUAUUGACGGAGUAAGAAUAAACAGUCCACAUUAUUUGACAAAGAUUAAAUUGAAUCCUGAGAGUGAAUCUAAGUACACUCUUGUUGUUUCUCAAUAUGAAAAAAUGAAUACAAUUUACUACACUCUAAGAGCAUAUGGAACAUGUCCGUUUUCUUUAAAAAAAAUGUCUGAGCCGUACAAAUUUGAAAAAGAGAUCAAAGAUGGUCAAUGGAAAAUGGAAGACAAAACUGCUGGAGGAUGCGGUAAUCAUCCAGGCACUUACCAAGAUAAUCCGCGUUAUCAGAUUAAUUUAGAAAGUACUCACAAUAAUAAUUACCUCUUGAUAAUUUUAAAAGGACCAAAACAAUAUCAAAUUGGUUUUGAAAUAAUAUCUAUGAAUAAUACAAAUACGCCGUCCACUUUUCAAAACAAGACUUCAGGACCAUUCAGAUCUGGGUUCGUGAGUUUAGAGCUUGAAGAUGUACCGGCAGGCAAUUAUCAUAUUAUUCCAGCAACCUUUUUGCCAGGCCAAGAGGGGCCUUUUUUCUUAACCAUAAAAGCUUCAUGUGAUUUUGAAAUUUUACGAAUUCAUUAG